AUGAGCCUCACCCCGCAGGAGCUCUACAGGACAUACCUCGCAAGCGAAGAGAAAAACUUCAACAAGAGAUUCGCCGAUGACGAAUGCCCGAGAGCUCAGUAUGGGGAUUUCAAGCUGUUGAGGACGAUCCGGGCCACCGCCCGUGUGAAAGUGUUCCGCGCUCAGCACCUCAUCACUAGAGAGGAGUGCACUCUCCGAGUGCUGAGGAAGAUUUACUUCAACGAGACCGAGCAGAAGAACACGCUAUCUCGCGAAAAGAAAAUUCAGUAUGCGGCCCGAUCCCCAUUCAUCGACAAACUUCUCUACGCGUUCCAAGACAAUUCAAGUGUAUAUUUCGUCUCCGAGUACCCACUCUAUGGCACCCUUGAGAGGAUAUUCGACCUGUACGACAAGGUUCCGGAGAACUUGAGCAAGCUCAUCGCAGCUCAAAUAAUUCUAGGACUCGAGUAUUUGCAAGCGUGCAAAAUCAUAUAUCGCAACCUGAAGCCAGCGAACAUUCUGCUUUUCCACGAUGGUUACCUGAAAUUGACUAAUUUCAAGCUGGCGUCUAAACUCACGGGCUGGGUCCCUAGCGCCUUCGGGACGAUUCCAUACAUGGCACCAGAACAGUUCGCGACCGAUUCCAUCGACCACAACGUUGACUGGUGGUCUUUUGGUGUGAUACUAUACGAUCUUCUGCUCGGAGACAUUCCCUUCGCUCCCGAUAAAGGGAAGCGCAGUACCGAUUUGAUCAGAAAAAUCAAAAGAGCCGAUAUUAAGCUCGACGCCAAUCAGAAAAAAAUUAUCCAUCCCGACGCAGAAGACCUCAUAAGGAAUCUUCUUAAGAAAGACUUCGCGAGGAGACUUGGCGCCCUCGGUGAUGGCGCCGCAGCCGUGAAGGGCCAUGCCUGGUUCCGGGAGAUCGAUUUCCUCAGUCUCUACGAGAAGAGAAUUCUCAUGAAGUGGGACUUGAAACCUCAAAACUUCGAUACCUUUGUAUCGGCGGACAAUUCUCUGGCAAGCGCGAGGGACUCUCACGGAGGACACUUCAGCGAUUUCUGA